AUGUCUGAUGAUGAAGAAUAUGAUGAGAUUUCAUCUCAACCACUAGCACCAUAUGUUGGGAUGGAGUUCGACUAUGUUGAUGAUGCUAAGCUGUUCUACAACGACUAUGCAUUCAAAAUGGGCUUUGGCAUACACACAACUGCUUCAAAGAACAACCAAAAGAAGGGGCCUGUGGUACUAAUCAAGAGGGUGUUCCGGUGUGUUCAUGCCGGGAAGCCAGAGAAUAAGACCGAUACUAGCAGUGCUUCGGAAGCAAUCUCGAUGGAACAGCACUCACCAAGCAAAGAAUCUUGGUUUGAAAUGGAUGUCACAAACAAGCGUCAGAAAAAUAGAUUGCCAGAGCGUGUACAGUUCUACAACUCACACCGCAACAUUUCGCAAGAGGAUUUGGACCUCAUAUUGACAAUGCAUGAUGUGAACUUCUCCACAUCAUCGUGCAUGGGAAUGCUUGGGAGGGUCCGUGGUGGAGACCGGAGGAUACUGCCAUAUGUCAAGAGGGAUGUUACAAAUUUUCGUUCCAAGCUGCGGCAAACCAUAAAUCUCCGGGACAUGGACAUGACGGUUGCAUACUUUGAAAGGCGGCAAGAUGAGAAUCCGGAAUUCUACUAUGCAAAAACAGUUGAUGAGGAAACAAACUCUGUCACUGGACUGUUUUGGGUUGAUGGGAGGACAAGGGCAUUGUACCGUAAGUACAGAGAUUGUGUUUUCUUUGACACCACCUUUUGCACAAAUAGGUACAAUAUGCCAUUUGCUAAGAUUGUUGGCGUCAACAACCAUCUCCAGACAAUUUUAUUGGGGUGUGCUUUGCUUCCGAAUGAACAAAUUGAAACCUUCAAGUGGGUCUUCCAAAACUUUCUGAUUGCGAUGAACAAUGUACAUCCAUUGAACAUCAUGACAGAUCAAGACAAGGCAAUGGAUACAACCAUUUCUGAAGCCUUACCAAAUAUAGUGCAUAGGUGUUGCAAAUGGCAUGCCCAACGGAAAGCGAGAGAGAAGUUGGGCAGAAUACUGAGCAGGGAUGAAGUUUUUGAGCAAGCUUUCUACACAUGCAUCAACGAUCCAGAAACAGUUGAUGAGUUUGAGGAGAAUUGGCAUCACAUGAUACAUUGCUUCGAAUUGGAAGAUAAUAGACACCUUUGCAACAUGUGGCGAACCCGGCAUACCUGGGCUCCAGCAUACUUCCGGAAAUGCUUCUUCCCAUUCACAAGCACUACAGGGAGGUCGGAGGGCCUCAACUCUUACUUCAAGACGUUCAUCAAUCCUCAAGCAUCGGUUUGGAAAUUUGUGCAGCAGUAUGAGGUGCUCCAAGAGACGAUGCUAGACCGUGAGGACAACCAGGCUUUCAUUGGUGAAGCAACAACAACACCUCUUUACUCGAGAUACAACAUUGAGCGUCAAGCGGUCAACUUCUACACCCGGGCUGUUUUUGGCAAGUUUCAAUCAGAAGUGAUUGCAUCAACAGGAUAUGUAAUCAACCAGGUCCCUGCGCUUCACAAUGGAAGCAUUAACUUUGGGCUUUUCUCAAAUUACUAUGAGGACCCAAAAAUAUUCAAAGUAAAUGUUGAGAUGCCAGAUGAGAAGUUUGAGUGCAGCUGCAGCUAUUUUGAGAUGAAUGGGAUUAUAUGUGCACACAUCAUUAGGGUGAUGACUCAUCUAAAUGUGCAAACUAUCCCGCAAUGCUAUUUUCUACAGAGGUGGUCUGAAAAAGCAACAACACCAACAGGCAGCCAACUUCUGGAUUUUGGACUCCCAUCGAACAACACCCUCAAGUACAACUCACUUUACAGGAAACUUACUUGGUUGGCCUCACAAGCUUGCGGCAAUGACUUUGCAUACAACCUGCUAAAUGAUGCAGCUAAUCAGCUCGAGCUUGUUAUAGCUGCAGCAAGAAGAAGGGAACUACCAGAGCAGCGGGAGGUACAUCAACAGCAAAUGCCGCAGCAACAAGCAGAAACUCACAGGGUGCCAAGUUAG